AUGGCAGACCUGCUGGCAGGUCUUACUAGCACUGAGGACGCAGCCCGGAAGAUGGCAGCUUUUAAACUGCAAUCCAUGACCAACGAUCCUUCCUUUGCCGAGCAAUUCUGCAGUCGAGGCGGCCUCGUGAACCUGCGAAACCUCAUGUUAGAUUCUUCAGGGAAUACCCUUGCAUACAGUUUGGCUAGUUUUACUCGACUUCUAGAGCUUGACCAUGGCUGGGAAGCCGUCGACAAUGUGGUUGUGCAGAAGGCAGUCGAGCUCGUGGUAUGCCAACCGUCAGUCAAUAUCCUACGAGGUGCAAUGGCAGUCCUAGUCUCUAUCGUGUCGAGACCACGAACUGGAGGCCAAAUAUCAGCUUCGAAAGACUACAUUGGUGGCUUUAAGGCUCUGAAGCCUGCCAUCUCGCAUUACCCCCAGUUCUUGGAAAUGCUAGUCAGCCGACUCUCCUCUGCUGACCAUGCUCUUUGCGCCAACGCUUUGCAGCUGAUCAAUGCUCUUAUGCGCGAUGCGAUUGCGACUGACGACGAGGCGGAAUGGCCAAUGUUUGUCAAGAGAAUACAGGAUCUUGGGGUCAUAAAGGCUGUCUAUGUUCUCACACAAAGCUCAGCAUUACAGGAUCUAGCCCAUCCCCUAUUCGAAUUUCAGCAGUUAACCAAGAUACUGCUUAGCAGGUGGAGAAACGUCCCAGUCGAUGUCACAAAACCUGAACAUCGAAGAACGAUAAAGGCUAUACACCUUUCCAGCGACCCGCCUGAAAAGGGAGCAUACACAGCGGACGCUGUACAGAAGCCCAAGCACGACCCCAAUAAGUGGCGCAGGCUAGGAUUUAGCACUGAAUCGCCUGAGCCCGACUUUCACGACAUGGGCUUUCUUGGGAUGAUGGAUCUCUCCGACUACGUUCGCAAGCACCAGGACGAAUUUCAGAACAUUCUCGCCGAACAGGAACUUCUAGUCAAAGAACGUCGCUGUCCAGUAGCCCGAGCAAGUUUGGUUGUCACAGCCAUGCUAUUCGAGCAUUUCGAGGUUGACAAGCCGGAAGAGAAUGAACCCAAGGUCUUUCUCGCACUGGAGAACAAGGCGAACUACGAGCGACUAUUUCGUCCCUUGCUGUUGCAUUGGAGUCGUCUACACGUAGCUGCGCUGCAUGCCUUUCUGCGCAUCUGGAAAGAGACAGGUGCUGAGCAAGAUGAUUUUCACAAGAUCAUGGAGCUCAUCAGAAUACUGAUCGAGAGUGUAGUUGGUGGUGCAGCCCGGACGAGAGGCAUCGAGUCAGUCGAGCAGGAACUAGCUACCUAUGAGUGCAAGAGACUUCGUGAACUGCAGAUGGAGCUUCUGGAUUUGGCCUACGACGAUCUUUGGGGCCAGCAUCUUCGAGGCACUCGUGACGAAUUGCAAAACGAGGCCUUGCAAUUUAUGAAGGAACAAAGGAUCAGGUGUAUUCUCCAGGGAUGCUGGUUUCCACACACACGUACCUUGGCGAACGAUCAAGACGUUGGUGGUCCUGUACAGGCAACAGACCUCGAAGAGCACGUCAUAUCUUGUUGGCGGUAUAUACAGUUAUCCGCCGACAGAAAAGACCUUCACUGGGCAGACUUUGACGAGCGCCAAGAUCAAGCGCCACGAUUCUCUGUGAUGCCCAACGUUGUGCCAUUGUCAUCCAUUUCGUCUGUGGUUUCCAACAUUACUGCCAACCAGGAACAGAUGCACUUGUCCGAUCACGAGCGGCAUACCACCACCAGUAUCACAAUCCACGGCUAUGGACCGAAGACACGACGAAGCUCCUCGAAUUCGAAAGGCCAUGGCAGAAAGGAAUCGAAACAAUCCAAUCGUAGCCAGCAGAAAGAGAUUGUACUCCUAGCAUUCCAGCCUCAGAACCAUGUCGUUGCUUCCGAAUGGCUCGAUGGCCUGCUAAUGCUCCUUGAACAGCAGCCGAUCACUGCCGAGACAAAUAAGAUUGUGAAUAUGGUUGCCGACCUGGGCUUGAAAGUCAGGUUGCUCAAUGUGAGAGGCAACGAUGAUGAAGGAAUGCUUGACGGAAUAGAUGGUAUAGAUGCCCCUCCAGUUCCUUCCAGAGAAGGUCUAGAUGAGAACUACUUUUAUGCUCUAUGA